CAGCCUGAUGAAAACUUGGUGAUGGAUUUAUUACGGUCGCACAACCUGUUUGGUCCCGUUAUCCAGGUCGUGUGGCCGUAUAACCUUUUCCGAGAACUGCGAUUAUCAAGAGGUUAGAAAUACCAACUUUCAUCCCUGGAUCUGUAACUGAGCAUCGGAUUGUAUAGAAAUUGCGUCCCGUAGGACAUUACUCCAGAUGCUUUCAACUUACCAGGCCUUCCCGGGUGGCAUUCUUUGUGUCUGGCUGUGAGUGGUUGGCUGUCUUGUUAGUGCUAGACCACAGAAGUCAAAGAGAGUGUCCCGAAGGAUUCCAGUCUUGUCCUAACAGCUGGCUACACCUGGACAGCUGCGAUGGAGUGAUGAUGAGGACAAAGGCCAGGUGUUGAGAACCAGUCCUGACGUACUGGAGAGCUGUAGAAGCAAAGAUAGGACAUGGGGUGUUCCAGUGCCAAGCAGAUCCCUGCCCCCCUCCCGCCACAGAAAGACAGUCCAGUCCUAACACACACCACCAGCUCUGCCAAGCAGGCAGAUGUAAGAGGGGGUGAUGUAGCUGAUGAGGAGAAUAACCAGGAGGUUUCAGACAGAGGCAGACAUGUGAAUGGAGAGGAUGAGGCAGGAAUGUUAAAAAAGAUAGUGGAGGACAAAUAUGAGCCACCAAAGCCUAUCAGCAGACCUGCACCAAAGUUGAAAAAUGGGCAUGUAUCUCACAGUCAACAAGAGUUCUUCAGACUUUUGGACCAAAAAAUUGACCAGGGGAGAGACUAUAUGACAGAUGAUGAGGAGGCAAGAUGACAGUGGAUUUGGGACAACUGUCCCCACCCACAACCUCACAUGGCACAUCCCGCUUCUGUUUGAAGAUUUUUUUAAAGGCAAUGAUGUUGAUGUUGACAAGGAAGUUGGCCAUUUGCUGCAGUCUACGUGUACAUAUACAUCGCAAUGUCAUGGUCAAUGACUAGCACAAUUACCUCUGUGAAAAAAAUGUUGCCCAAAUUUGAAAGUCAAAUGAUAGUCACUCACAAAUUGAAUGAGUAGUUUGGUCAUUGACAUUUUUCUUUGUAAUAUUUUAUCCUUAAACAUGUGACAAUGUCUCAAUGAUUUAAGAAAA